GCCAUCUGUCAACAUUGUGACCAGCAAGGCCACACUAUAAGAUUCUGUAAUAUAAGACGGGAAGACGAGAGAAGCGGACUGAUUUCCUCUACUAUGGAUGGUAAUAUCUAUGAUCAGUUUGGGGAGGCCAUCGACAGAAGGCUUGGAGGAGUGAGGGCUGAAGCCCAACGAAGAGCAGCAGCUGGACCGCAACCCCCUGCCAUGUUCAGGCUAUGGCAGGAAAAGGUGGGGCCCCUGAUUGGGAAGGAGGAAGUAGGGAGUGAUGAGGAAGUGGUUCAAAGGCUACUAGGAAGGAGUAAGAAGAAAGAGUCCAUAAUCAUUGAGGUAGAAGACGAAAGUGGCGAGGAAAGAACGGAACCUCCGUCCGUCUUAUAUGGGAAGAUGGAGGACCUGCUGGAUAAGAUGGGGAGGUACCAACGGAAGCUGGUGGGCCUCUGUGAGGAAGUGAAGAGAUGGAAAACUAGCAUCCCCAAGGUGUUCCUUUACGACUCCGGUCCGGAAUCAGCACCCGGGCGACCCGGAGUAAAUGUGGUGGGGUCAUGCCCACGAUCAGGAAUGAGGGGGAGACCCCUCACUCCGCAGGCACGGCUGACGCAGGCAGCACGAACGAGAAAUCAAGCCAGAGUCAGCGCCAGCCAAGAACCUCCGAGGAGGGAGGCGGAACCAGAAAAGGGAAAGGAGGCCGUGGAAGUUGAAGAUGAUGAUGAUGACGAUGAAGAGGAAGAGGACGAGAGGCUGCGUAGGGAGGAGGAUCAGAAAGCGGAGCAGCGGGCGAGGAAAAAGGGAACCAGGGGAGAGAUCGAGCCGGUCGUGCGCGACGGACCACCCAAAAGGAAGAAGUACGCGGUCCGGUUGGAAGAAGGAUUUGACGUAGGAAAGGUGAUUGACCGGCUGCUGGAAGGGCAUAAUGACCUCAUGACCCUGAAGGAAAUCCUAGCGUCAGCCCCGCGACUUCGCGAUGAGCUGAAGGGGAGGUUGUCACGACGUCUGGUGCCCAAUGUCCAUCUGGGUACGAUUUUGCCCAAGGAGGCAGAGUGGUCGGAGUCAGGCACGAAGAUGGAUUGGAAAUGCGUAGCCUGCGAUACGGUGGAUUUGAUGGUGAAGGGUUCCAAGUGCGCAGCAAUGGUGGACGCCGGGGCAGAGAUGAACAUUAUUCGGGAGGCAGACGCGAUCAGAUUCGGACUGGAUAUAGACCGUUCUGACUGCGGUAUUCUGCAUGGAGCCAGCUGUAAAGCCGUGUUUUGCGGGACAGCCUCGAAUGUGCUCAUCGAGGUUGGAAAGGUGAAGGCCAGGGCAUGCUUCUUCAUAAUGCCAGACGUGGACCAUGGAAUCCUCCUAGGGAGGUCAUUCCUAAGCAGGACAGAGGCCGUGAUAUUUAACAAACAUGAUGGGACGUUGAUCCUCCUCUUAUGCAAUCCUGCCUGCGGGAAUUAUGAAAUAAUUACUUGCAGGAACACCGGGCCAAGGAGUAUAAGGAACCGGCCCAAUCCAGGAUCGUUCACGAUCGAGGAAUCGGAAGGGGAGCGCAGGAGACUCUGGGCAGAGCCCGAAGCAGGAGAGAGGGUGGAAGCAUUUUCCCUCAGCCUGUCAGAUAUUGGGAAGGCCAUGAAUUUGGUCGCCGUGCAUGAGAUGGCAGAUCCGGAUGCCAUCCAGGCCUUGAGAGAACAAGUUCUGGAAUGCCCUGAGGCAGGAAGAUUGGAAUUGGUAUAUCGGCUCCCAGGCAGUGGAGGGAACCCCGCAUCAGCGCAAAUACAAUCCACACUGCAUGAGGGAAGCGACUAUCUUGGNAGCGGGGCCAAAUCCAGACACUGCAUGAGGGAAGCGACUAUCUUGGGAUUCGUCUGCAGUGAGAAAGGCCGAAGGCCGGAUGUGAAGAAGACGGACAAGAUUACUGAGUGGCCAGUUCCGUUCCACUCAAUAACUGAUGUCAGGAGCUUCCUUGGUACGUGUGGGUUUUGGAGGGCCUUCGUCAAAAACUUUGCCGCUAAGACUGAACACCUGAGGAAGUUAGUCCGUCAGGAUGAAGAGCAAGAAAAAGUGGUGGCAAAAAUGAAGGAGGAAUUUCGAGAAGGGGGGUUGGUGUUAGGAGCGCUAGAUUAUGACGCCACAGAGACGCGACCCUUCAUUGUCGAAACGGAUGUGGGACCGACUGCCUUAGGGGGAGUUCUAAUUCAGGCAGACAUGGAAGGAAAGGAAAGACCCUUCCGAUUUGAGAGUCGGACUCUCUGUACAACGGAAAGGAACUACUCUCAGUUCAAGAGGGAGACCCUUGCUGUCCUCCACUGUCUGCGAAUCUUCAGGAACUAUAUCUUCGGCAGGAGGUUUAUUUUGAGAGUGGAUCCGAUCGCCCUGGCCUACUCUCUAAGGAAUUACGUUCCAUCGGAUCCAACGGUUGCCAGAUGGCUGACGUACAUCUGGAUGUUCAAUUUUGAGUUGGAACGGAUUCCUGGCAGCAAGAACCGGGCAGACGGUCUGAGCCGGAACAACUGGGAUAGACAGGAAGGGGAGGCGGUGGAAAGUACGCCCCCAGUUGAUGGAUUUCUGGAUCAGGAAGAAGAUGUUCGUCUCCAUAUCAAUAAGUGGUCACUGCGAGUGCCUAGCUGUGUAGGCUAUCCUAUUUGGCAAGCGCCGAACGGGUAUGAAAGGAGGAAUGAGCUAGUCCUUAAGCCUUUUGAGGAAGAAGAUCCCUGGGGCGGUAAGGAUGUUCAGUGGAUGAUGGAAUUAACACUGGCCAGCUUGCAUAGCCUGGUGGAGGAUAUGAGGACGAUUGAGGAAGGACCUGGCCAGGUAGAACGGCAUGAGGGCCUGAUGGGAGGAAUGUAUCUCCUCGUCAAUACGUUACUACAGGAAAGCCUAGGCCAAUCAGGGUCGUUGAACCCGGCAGGGAAGGUAAACGAAGUGCCCGAGAGCCAGGACGACGAGUUCGAGGAAGGGGAGAUUAAGGAGGCAUUUCGUGCAGAGGAGUACGACGGGAUCUACCUAGAGCUGGGGCUUCUUCUGUCAUGUGAAAUGCGGCUUAGGGAUGCAAGCGAUAGAGCUCAGAGGAUGCUGCGGCGCUAUUUAGUGCGAGACGGCCACCUUUUUGUGCGAAGAGAAGUGGGAAAUCCUAGGAGAGUCGUCUGCGGUAGAAAUCGUCAAAUCGACGUCAUAGUUGCGCUUCAUGAUGGCAUUGCAAGAGGGCAUCGAGGGAUACAAGCUACGUAUGCCAAAAUAAGUGAGCUCUACUACUGGGAUGGAAUGAUGGAUAUGGUCGGGAAGUUCUGCCGAUCUUAUGUACCUUGCCAGGAAAGAUCCCGCUUAAGACAAGGAGAGUCGCUGCAUCCAAGGCUAGAGCGAGAGGUAGGGGCCGUAGUGCAUCUCGAUCUGCUUUUUAUGCCAUUUGGAGAUCAGGGCUAUAACUACAUCUUCGAUGCGCGCGAUAACCUGUCUGGCUUCGUAGACGGGCGUGCUAUUCGCACGAAGACCGGGUCAGUCUUAGUGAACUGCAUCGAGGAGUAUUACCUGCGUUACCCUUUUGUCAGGGAAUUCAUAAUGGACAGGGGCUCGGAGUUUACCUGCCAGGAGGUGCAAGAAUUGUUAUCAAGGCCUGACUUUACGAAGACAGCCAUGCCAAGAGGAGGGAAGGGGACACGACCGCCUAAGAGGCCGUUGGGCGCAUCAAGAGGAUAUGAGAGGCAUGGACCUCGCCAUCGAGAGAGUACUCCAGUCUAUAAUGAUGGGGACAUCGAGCUAUUCCUGGACAGUUUUUGGGAGCAUGCGAGGCGUAUGGGCUGGACCGUCGCUCAGGCGAUUGAGAGAUUGACGGGAGCAGGUACGUUCGAGGAGCCCAUUGCCAGGAUUUGUAGGGAGGCAACGACGAGAUCAGAGGUGGAAUGGAGGAUGCAGGAACUACGAUUCUCGCCUGUGGGACCAGAUGGCAGGCCGAUCCGUCUAGAAAUCGGAAACGUGGCAGACUUCAUCCCUGCAUUUGAAUGGUUCAUGCAGGGGCAGGGCAUACCGGGAGAUGAUUGGAUGCAGACGCUACCACUCUGGACCAGGAAGGCGGAAAGGCCACUGGCUAUGCAGAUCAGGGACAUGGCACGAGAUUGGGAGAGCUGCAGGGCACAUCUGAGAGAGGCCUUUCGACGGCCAGAGCUCCCUCUGCCCAGAGUCGAGAGGCGGCAGAGGAGUCAGAGGUCGAGGGACCCUGAGCCCAGGGAGGCGAGACCGUCUCGGGGAGGACGGAAGGCCCUAGCCAGGAGAGAGGAGAAGCCGGAGCAGGAGCCAGAGGUUGAAGAGCGAGGGACAUACCCUGAGUGUGGGUUGGGACCAGUGGAGUUCCAUCGUUUUACUAAGGGUGGAUUGAGGAGGUCGCCAGCACACCCACGGGAGGAGCCGCUAGUGUCUGAAGGGCCGUUGAGAGAGUUAGAAACGCAUCUGGAUAUCUCUCAGUGGAAAGCGUCGCCUCAGGAUGAGAAGCAUGAAGAGCAAGUAGAGGAGGUGCCACGAGAGGAGGUGCCACAGGAGGAGAUACCGCGAGAGGAGGUGUCAGAGGAGGAGGUGCCACGGGAAGAGGUCCAGGGUACUCAGCGAGAGAGAAGGCUGGGCGAUGAGGGGAGACGUGCAGGGAAGGAAGUGAUAGAGGUUGGAGAGGACACGCCCCUACCGACGCCAGCAGUGGGUUUGAGACUCGGAGAUGCACCAGGGAGCACCCAGCAGGCAAAGGAGAGGUUGCAUAGAGAGGAGGCCCCUUUACCAUCGUCAGAAAAGGCUCCUUCGCCAGAAGGGAGGGCAGCUGUAAGGAGGGAAGCUUUGAUUUUGAUUGAUAGGCACCUAGCAGCUUAUGCCCUGGAGCAUCCAGACCUGGAGGAGCCAGCACCUGCAGAGCAGCGCUGGGAGCCAUACCAACCCGAGAGGGAGAUGGAAGCAGAAAUCCCGAAGAGGGUCGACCUCCGUACAAGGGAGAGGGCGCCAGCUGGAGAGAUGGCUGAAGAAAAGAGGGCGAGAAGAACAAGACGGAUAAAUGAGAUAUGGCAGGAGAGACAGAGAUUGGAGGCAACGGGGGAGCUCCCGGAGCAGCAACAGGAGAGGCAGCAAUUAGAAGCAGCAGGAGCACUCCCGGGUCAGCCACCCAGUGCACCAGCUAGGGCUCCGGAGAUUCCUGAGAUGUGGAGAGACUUCUGGGAGCAGAGAGGAGAGGAACUUCCAUCGCCAGUCAGAGCCGGGUUUGGAGUGGCCAGGAAGGCGGAAGAGAGGUUAGAUCGUAAAAUUAAGUUCCUGGCCAAGACCAGUUUUGACCGGCACUUGUUAUUGGAGGGCGAUCUGACAGGGAAGAAGAUGAAGGAAGCCAGCCAUGGAGUACGCUUGGACGCUAUGGAAAUGGAAAUUCAGGAACUCAGGGCCGUGGUGGCCAGCCAGGCAACUAUCAUCGAGAGCCUUAGGCAGCAAACCCAUGGAAGGGUGGAUAGACCAGAGAGCAGCAGGCAGGGAGGGCAGAGGCAGCCGGGACAGGGAUUGCCAGGACAGCCAUCUGUAGCAGAGCCCCGCCAGGAGCCACCUAUGGGGAGAGCUAUCCUGGAGCCAGAGGAGGCGAGAGCCCAGAGACAGGCAGAGAGAGAGGCGUUCGAGUUUAGAGCCCCUACUGAGCUUGCGACGCUGCCAGUAGUGGCGGCAGACCCAGUCGUACCUUUGGAGCUCAUCGCGCCAAUCGUGCAAUUGGCGGAUGAUCUCUCGCUCGACAUCUUUUCGCAAAGUGACGACAGCCCCGCUCCGUACGUUCUCGAGCGGUCGUUGGAUCCGUACCUUCAAUGGACUGCGUGCUUGGAGGAACCCAAGGACGAAGAUACACUACCAUCACGGCAGGAGUAUCUGAAGCCUUACGACAUCAUCCCUCAUGCCUUUUAUCCGAAGGCGGAGGAAGUGGUGAUCGACAACGAUGAAGAAGACGACGACGACGAAACGUCGGAGGAGGGAAGCUAUAACGAGUAUAGCGAGGGCGAGCUGAGUGAAGAAGAAGAGGAGGAAGAAGAAACCGGAUCUGAGUGGGAAGCCCUGCCGGAGGAAGCCGCGCGCACGGGCACGGAAGCGGAAGAUCCUGAGGCCGCACGCAAGCGGGAAGAAAUUGUCACCGGGAAGCGCCAACUGGAGUUAGCCAGCGGAGCAAGCCUGCGCAUCGGUGACGAUCCGACCAGAAAUCCGGAGCCGCCGAAGCCCGAAGAUGGCAACCCCGCAGCCGCCUCCCCAAGCACCUCACGACGGAGACGGAGCAGAUCCCCCUCCUCCUCCAGCCCCAACCGUCCCCCAGUUCGCCUACGUACCGAUGCAGGCGAUAGGCCUUCGUCCUCGGACGUUAUCCUGCCGUCCCCUUGAUUUUCUCACCCUCGAACAGAUCCGCACCCCCGACCCUCCCCCUCCAUCCCUUCCUUCCCCAUCUCUUCCGCGACUUUUACUCUUUCCGCCUACUCGCAACUGUCUAGCCCCACCCAUCCCUUCAACCUGCUGCCCCCACCUUCUUCUGGUAUAUCCUGUUGUUCAGCGGUGCAUGGGAGCGAUGCAACGUGGUAGAAGUCUACUGAGUAGCCACAGGGACAAUCCCCGCCUGUCGCCACUACGAAUUCUUUCGAGCGGCGCUCCUCCGCACCCUCUCCUCCUUCUAUCGCGACUACCUUGCUUCCCUCCCUCAUAGCGGCGAUCACUUUCCUCGUUUCCACCGGAUCAUCCGAUAUGAGUAGCUUCCGGGGACGGUAGAAGAAAUGAAUCGCUACCUACCCC